AUGCACCUGCACGAUUCCCCACACACGCACAGAGCCACAUUAUAUUGUCAUUCGAGAGACUUGAUGAAACUGGUCGAUGUUGCCAUUGACUGCACAAAAUCACUCCGACUCGCACAACACGGAGUAGCGAGCCUCAUCACAUGUCAGGCUGAGACUCCCAGACAAGCACGCGCAAUCUUGUUUAGCCGCUUGUUGGAAGACGGACUUGUCCAUUCGGCAGGUAACAGCGAAGAGAAGGAGUUCCCACCGCAACAGCAGCCAUCAGCAGCAGCAGAGAGUACGAUAAGCAAGGGACCACUGUCAUUGGCUGUACAGGCAAUGUUUUUGAUACUCGAAGAGCAGAGCGUGUUGGUCUGUGAAGUAUACAUUACUCUCAAUGUCAGUCAAUACCUCGCCAUCUUAUAUUUCGUAUCAAAUCAAUCAUAUCAACUCACAAAAGUCAAGAUGCCGAUCGCGCUCCCAGACCUCGCUACAGUACUCGACGAGGCAACCCUUGAUUUUGCCAAACUGAACCCGAAAAGCAAGAUCAUUAACGAGAGCUCCAACGUCUCACUCCCAGGAGGAACAACUCGCAAUGUCAUCUACAUGAAACCCUUCCCCGUGGUGAUGACAGGUGGUGAUGGCUCAUAUCUCACGGACGUGGAUGGGCAUAAAUAUCUGGAUCUGUGCGGAGAAUACAGCGCGUGCAUGUUCGGGCACUCUUACCCUGCUAUUAAAAAGGCUAUGCAUGAUGCCAUCGACCAAGGCUACGGGUUGGGUGCCCUGAACAAAUACGAAGGGAAGUUAGCGAGUCUAUUUUGCCGUCGCUUCAAAACCAUGGACAAAAUCCGCUUUUCCAACUCCGGUACGGAGGCAAACAUGACAGCGCUAGCGCUGGUCAAGGCAUAUACGGGGAAAAGCAAGAUCAUUGUUUUCGAAGGAGGAUAUCACGGCGGCCUUGCAGCAUUUGCAACCGAAAGCGAGAACAACAUGAAAUCUAGUGGCAAAAAGACGAUGAACGCCCCUCAUGACUGGGUAGUGGUGCCUUAUAAUAACGUCGCGGCACUCGAAACUGCUGUCCACGAACACAAGGCAGAUCUAGCAUGUAUCCUCGUUGAACUGAUGCAAGGGUCCUCAGGAUGUAUUCCCGCAGAUAUCCCUUUCAUCAAAGCCUGUCGAGCCCUGGCAACCGAAGCCGGUGCCGUCUUAUUCUUCGACGAAGUCAUGACCAGUCGCAUGUCCGUUCACGGCUACCAAGAUGUGAUCGGCGUCUAUCCUGACAUGACGAGUCUUGGUAAGUAUUUUGCCGGGGGAGGCCAGAAUUUCGGAGCCUUUGGUGGGAAAUCCGAGAUUAUGAGUCUUUUGGAACCUGGUUAUCCCGGAGGAGUCUAUCACAGCGGUACAUUCAAUAACAACAUCACCACGAUGGCGACUGCGACGGCUGUGUUGGAGCAGGUCUGGACCGAAUCCGAAGCCACCGAUCUAUUCGACAAAGGAGUCUGGUUGCGUGAGGAGUUGAAUAAGCUAUCGGAGAAGCAUAAAUCGUCCAUGCACGUCAGUGGGACUGGAAGCCUGAUGACCAUCCACUUCACAGGCAAAGAGAUCAAGUGCGCCGCAGAUGCCCACUCAGGCAAUUCAGUGCUGAAGGAGCUGUUCUUUUUCGAUAUGUUGAAGAAAGGUUUCUGGCUGGCCAGACGGGGCAUGAUUAGUCUCAUGACAGUGACAACGAGGCAGGAGCUGCGGAUGUUCCUUGACGCAGUGGAUGAAUUUUUGAGGGAGAGAGCGGAAUUUGUUGGCAUGAACUAG